AAGUGGCUGGGAUUGGUCAAAGCCUGGAUCCAGAAAAUGUAUUUAAGGCGUGAUAUAAUAUAGUAAGCCACACUUUACGAAAUUGAAGAAGUAGGCAGUCAUGGGAAUCGUAUUGCUACUUGGUAUCAUCAUUGCGGUGGCUGCAAGCCCUUCUGAUGGCUCUCUAUGUCGAAAAUGUCCAAAAUUUUGGCUUCAAAAUGGAAAUAAGUGCUAUCGAUUCUACGCAUCUUUAAAGACUUGGGAUGAGGCAAGUAAGGCUUGCUCCUCCUGCGAAAACUCACACGGUAAGCUCGUCUCCAUCGGAAGUGAAGAUGAAAACAAAUUUGUUUCCACGCUUUGGCAAACUUAUAACAAUAAUCCCAGUGCGAGUGGAUACACAUACUGGAUUGGUUUGAGGAGGUCGGGCAGUACUUGGCGUUGGUGUGACAAAUCACCAUACAGGUACAAGAAAUGGGGAGCCGGUGAACCCAAUAACUCUGGAGGAAAGGAAAAUUGUGUUCACCAAUGGAAAAAGAAUGAUAAUUACCUGACCUGGAAUGACAUCCCUUGCGACUAUAUGUUGCCAUACGUAUGCGAGAUUCCUAUGGAAAAAUAAAUCCUCCAAAAUGAUUUGAUGAUA